AUGUCAGAAAUUAACGAUCAAUCGUCGGAUACAAGUUCGGAAUUAAAUUGGCCAGUCGAUCAUACAAUGGAUCGUAUGAUAGCUCCUGACCGCGUCGUCUUCGAAAAUGUGGCCGAUCAGUAUGUAAAGGGCGAAGAUGUCACAGCAUUUUUUACGGUUUUACCAGAUGUUAAAAUCAAUACGAAUGAAGAUCAAAUCGGUCUAUUACGCGUCGGCUCAACAAAUAUCAAAGAAUGUGUAGCAUUUGCUCCUGUUCAAUUCAAUCCUUCGACAGCAUCCGGCUCGACUUUUCAUGGCACAGCAACGUUUCCUUCAUCAUCGUUGCCAGUUACUGAUGAUGAAUUCUAUCAAUUUUGUUACAUUACUAAUAAAACGAAAAAUAUCGCCUCAUCGAUUCCAUUCCAACUGAAUUGUGCAUUAGAUGACGUCGAUCUUCUAUCAAAUGCACCAGUCAGUAGAUCAAAACCGGAUGGUCUGAUUGCUCUAGCUGAUCAAGACAACGACGACGUUGUUAUUAUUCAUACGAAACGAAUGUUAACCGAAGAAAAACUUCGCAAAGAAAAUCGCCACCUAUUAGAGAUGAAUCGUCACUUGGAAUCACAACGCGACGAAUGUCAAGCAAAACUUGAACUCUUGAACACAAAAACAAAGGAAGACAUGGAAAAAUUCCAACAUAAUAUGCAAGCACUCGCGACGUCACAUAAAACAGCUAUUGCUGAGUUAUCAUCUCGACAACAAUUGGAAUCAAAUCUACGUGCUCAGUUUGACGCUUGCCAAAAAUUAUGUGAACAAUACCAAAGCGAUUCACUUCGACAUGCUGAACGUAGCCGAACACUUGAAGAUGCACACGCUCAAGUUUCUAAUGAUGCUAACCAACUUCGUUCACAAUUGGCUGUUACUUCACAAUUGGCAAAAGAUCAAGCGACACAAAUUAUUGGAUUAGAGCGACAAUUGAUGCAAUCCAACGAAUUAGCUAAAGGAUCGAAUCAACGUCAACUAUCCUUAGAACAGCAAUUACGCGAUUUACGUUUAACGUCAGAAAAGCAUCAGCUGUCGACUAAAGGACAGUUAAACGAAUAUAAGACGCUUAUUGAACAAAACACAAAUCAGAUUGAAACAUUGGAAAAAGAUAAUAAUUCAUUAAGAGAAGAAGUCGAUUCCCUUCGCGCUGAUAACGGACGUUUAACAGAACAAUCUGAAGCUGACAAAGCAACAAUUAAAGAUUUAGCAGAACAAUUAGAUCGACAACAUGCAGAAAAUGAAGCACUUAAAAGUCAACGGGAAGUUGUUCAAAAUGAACUGGAUGAAUUCCAAUCGAAACAACAAGCAAUGAUUACAUUAACUAAUUCGUUUGACGAAAUCAAAAAACGUUGCGUUAAACAUCAAAAGAGUGAAAUCGAAGUCAAACGACAAUUGGUUGCUCACAAGAGCUUCAUCAGUGACUUACAAAAUGAAAAACAAGAACUCAUCGAACGUUUGGCGCACGGUGCUGAAGAAUACAAAACAUUAUUCCGCAAAUGUGCCAUGCUUGAACAAAAAUUAGGUGGCAUUUCUUCCUUGGAAGAAAUUGUUCAAUCACCCACACCUGUCACAACACCAAUGACAGAAGAGGAAGAGAAAGAACAACAACAACAACAACCAGUAACUGGAGCAGUCUCUGACGAGCAGGAGAAGUUCGUUCCAACUUUGUGUAAUACUGCUGUAAAUCAAACAGAAGAAAACAAUCAAUCAUUAUCCGGCUCAGUUUCCGAUGUUGAUGGAGAAAUACGUGUAUGUCCGAUGUGCUAUUGGCAGUUUCCAGCGGAUAUGGUUGUCAAUGCUAAACAUGAACAUAUUGAAAGCCAUUUCCAGGGCUAA